AUGGGUCUCGUUGAUGACGCCUUGUGGAUGUAUCAAAAGAUUGUUAAAGUAAUGCCCCCUUUAGAGCAAGCUUGUAAUGUGCUAUUACAUGGGUUGAUUAAGAAGGGUAGGUUUGAUUCCAUGUGGGAAUUAUACAGGGGCAUUGUUUCGUGCAAGGAGAAGGGGAUUGGACCAAACGAUGUUAUCUACAAUGCUCUUAUCCGUGGUUUUUGCAGUGAGAGUAAAUUGUCUGAAGCUGAAGCUCUGUUUCAACAGAUGCGGGAAUCUGGGUUUUUGCCAGAUUUGGUAUCAAGCAUGGAGAGUAAGUCAAGCCACCCAAUGGCAGCUGCACUUGUCGAUUUUGGAAGAACACGUUCUAUAGAACCGAAGCCUGAAAAUGUGAAAGAAUUUCAAAAUUUUCCCAGAGAAGUACCUUUAGAAGGUGAAGCAGGCUUGUUUCCAGAAGCACUCGUUGCUGCAUUAGAUGUUGACGUUCACGUAGACGUAGGAACUUUCCCAUCAUUGGCACCCUGGCCAUCUCUGGCAGAGUAG